AUGUCAACUACCGCCGAACCCGCCCGGAAAGCCAUGCCCUCCGCAUUGACAUUUGAUCGUCACGCCAAGUGUUCGACAACCAAAGCCCGUGCCAGUACCCUCCACCUCCCCCAUGGCUCAGUCCCUCUGCCGAUCUUCAUGCCCGUCGCGACACAGGCAUCGCUCAAAGGCCUGACAUACGACCAGCUCCGCGAUACAGGAUGCAUGCUCUGUUUAAAUAAUACAUACCAUCUUGGGUUGAAGCCUGGUCAGGCAGUGCUAGACUCUGUGGGUGGAGCGCACAAGUUGCAAGGCUGGGAUCGGAAUCUCUUGACUGAUAGUGGAGGUUUCCAAAUGGUGUCCCUGCUUAAGCUGGCGACGGUUACAGAAGAAGGAGUGCGAUUCCUCAGUCCUCACGACGGCUCACCCAUGUUGCUUACCCCCGAACAUUCCAUCUCUCUCCAAAACUCUAUCGGCUCUGAUAUCAUUAUGCAACUAGACGAUGUUAUCGCAACUACCUCUCCAGAUCAUGCCCGUAUCAAGGAAGCUAUGGAGCGCUCCGUGCGAUGGUUAGAUCGUUGCAUCGAAGAGCAUAAAUACCCCGAGAAGCAAAAUCUAUUCUGUAUCAUUCAGGGUGGUCUGGAUCUUGAAUUGCGAAAACAGUGCUGCGAGGAGAUGGUCGCGCGAGAUACUCCUGGAAUUGCUAUCGGAGGUCUAUCCGGUGGUGAGGCCAAGGAGGAGUUCUGCAAAGUAGUGGAUACAUGCACAGGACUUCUGCCUGAAAAUAAGCCUAGAUACGUCAUGGGUGUGGGAUACCCCGAAGAUAUUGUCGUCGCGGUGGCUCUUGGCGCUGACAUGUUUGACUGUGUCUGGCCGACACGCACAGCGCGCUUUGGCGAUGCGAUUGUCUCUUCUGGUACCAUCAAUUUACGUCGCAAACAUUUCGCCCAGGACUUUAGACCAGUCGAGGAAGGUUGCACUUGCACCUGCUGUCGUCCAGUUGAUCAAGGAGGUCUCGGGCUCACCCGAGCAUAUAUGCACCAUAUCACCGCUAAAGAGACAGUCGGUGCUCAUCUUCUGACAAUUCACAAUGUUCACUUCAUGUUAACCAUGAUGGGAAACAUCCGACAGGCCAUCAUAGAGGACAAAUACCCAGAGUACCUUCGCAAGUUCUUCUCGAACAUCUACCAAGGUGAUAAGUCCAAGUACCCCGAUUGGGCAAUCGUGUAA